AAGAAGAGUAACAAAAGCAGGGCUACUGCUUUUUAGGGCAGUAACAUCUUCUGUCAUAUCCGUGUCUGGGCUCACAUUUACUUUAAUUUUGAAAAAUGUAACUGAAACCAGAGGGAGUUUAGAUGUUUAGAGGCUCGCGUGGAGGAGCAGCUUGUCAGGAGUGACGGCGUUAAUGUUUUCAGACGUGUUUUCGUUGGUGCAGCUAAGCUAGCUCUGAGGUUAGCUCCUCUUCAACUGGACCGUCUGCGUCUGACAGACUGUCUGACCUGAGAGAUAAUCAGCCGGUGUUUACCGUCCAAAUUAACCCCUCACCUCUCCAUCAGCCUGUCCGGUGCUAAUCAUCAGUUGGGAGUGUAGAGAUGGGAAGUCUGGGCAGUAGGUUCCAGUCCCCCUCUCAGGGACCAGAGGAGGCUUCAGAGGGCACAAGUACCAGCCACAAGCCUGGAUGUGAGUGUAAGAAGAGGAAACGAAAUGCUCCGUGUGACUGCGACAGUGAACAAGAGGAGGACGAUGCCAUACUAGACACACCUCGCAGGCAAAAAUUGAAAAGUACAUCACGCUACAUUUAUCAGACUUUGUUCCUGAAUGGGGAAAACAGUGACAUUCGCAUCUGUGCUCUGGGACAGGAGUGGAAUCUCCACAAAGUGUACCUCUGCCAGUCUGGGUAUUUCUCCAGCAUGUUCAGCGGCUCUUGGAAAGAGUCUAACAUGAUGGAAAUCAGCUUGGAGAUCCCCGACCAGAACAUUGACACUGAAGCUCUACAAGUCGUAUUCGGAUCUCUGUACCGGGAUGAUGUUCUGAUCAAGCCCAGCAGGGUUGUCAGUAUUCUUGCAGCUGCUUGUAUGCUACAGCUGGAUGGUUUGAUCCAGCAGUGUGGAGAGACCAUGAAGGAAAACAUCAGUGCAAAGACAGUGUGUGGCUACUACGCUUGUGCGAGUAUAUAUGGCCUGGAUUCAGUCAUGAAAAAAUGUCUUGAAUGGCUUCUGAACAACCUGAUGACCCACCAAAAUGUCGACCUGAUGAAAGAACUUGGGGUGGAGGUGAUGGAGCAGCUCAUCCAGUCCUCAGAUCUGUUUGUCAUGCAGGUGGAGAUGGAUGUAUACACUGCUCUGAAAAAGUGGAUGUUUCUGCAGCUCAAUUCGUUGUGGGACGGCCCAAUCAAACAGCUGCUGGCUGACGCUGAUGCCUGGCUUUGCAAACGCAGGACAGACCUGUGUGAGAAAGAGCCUUUCCUGAACACAGAAGAGGGGGAACCUUUUCGUUCAGUGUUCAAAUAUGUGCGUCUCCAGUAUAUCAUCAACGAUUUGGCAUCUGCGCGCAUCUUGGAGAGAGACAAUAUUUUGCCCCCUGACUGGUUAACGUCGGUGUACAAAACGCAGUGGUUCGCUAUGCUGCGGACAGAAUUUGACAAUGACAACGGUCCCCAGGAAGCCAACAAAGACGAGUUUGAGGUGAGCAGCAUGAGGUGCGGCAGGAAACUGACCAAAGAUGGAGAUUACUGCUGGCGGUGGACAGGCUUCAACUUUGGUUUUGACCUGCUGGUGACCUACACAAACCGCUUCAUAGUCUUCAAGAGAAAUACUCUGAGUCAGCCAUGUGGGGGCGCUGUGAGUCUGCAACCACGAAGGCAUCUGGCAUUCAGGUUACGUCUGGCCUCGUUUGAUAACCGUGGAAAGCUGGUCUGCAGUCGCUCAACAGGUUACCAGCUUCUAACUCUGGAGAAAGACCAGGAGUACGUGGUGAUGAACCUGGACAGUCGGUUGUUAACAUUCCCCCUCUACGUGUGCUGUAACUUCCUGUAUACGUCGCCUCAGUCGGACCACCGUCCAGAGUCUUCAGAACAAGAGAGCACGACUCGCAUCAUGUCUUGAUGCCUGUUCACCAGCCAUUAACUGCUGCUCCCUCUGGUAAUGCUGGGACACUGACACAAGCUUGUACGUACAAUCCACCACCACAUUUAACAUCAUUUUGACAUUGGACAUACCAUCUGCAUGCUAUGUAACCCAGUGAGGUGUUUAGGGAAACGUUUUGUAUCGGUGUAUUCAGUGUUUUGACACAUCAAGAGUUGGCUACGCAUACAAGGGGCUUACAGUGUGACAGAGACACUGGCCAAGAGGGAUUAGGCCACCUUUGGACCUCUGCCAUGAACUGUCUGCACUGGGAUGUUGGACCAUUUCUCAAGAUGGAAAAACCCCAAGUCACUCAUGGCAGCGGAGCCACUCUGGAAUCUAUUUCUCGAUAUAUAUGGGCGCAUUAUCACCUGGGAAUAUGGGAACAUCAUGAGGGAACAGCUCCAGAGAGUGAAACUGGACCUUUACUGACUUGUAUGGGAAGUUUCAAGACUGUCGCUUGUUCUGACCAUAUGUAAAUCGACUGUGGGAUGUGUUCAGAGGUGUGGCCCUUCGCUACACAAAAACUCACCUGUCAUUUGCACUGACUUGAAUCGACGCCUCUGUGCAGCACGCACACAAAAUACCAUGUAUACCAACAGUGUUGUAAACUAUAUAGACACAUUUCACAUGACUUGUUGUUGCUGAAGAUACUGAACAAUCGCCGCCAACACUUUGCAGCUGUAAAGAGAGUUAAUUAAAGAUGGACACAGCAUCACCAGCUGAUAGAGAUUCAACUUCAUACCUGCUGCCACACACCACCUGUACUCCACUGAAGCUGCUUUCUCCGCCCUUGCAGCUAUCUGAAAAGUUGGACGGUCAAAUGAUUGAUACAAACAACAGACAUCACUUCUGAAUUGUGGAAAACUAUUUAAAAGAUGCAGUAAAAGUAGUAGUUGCAGUCAUCACUGUUUGACUGGAGGUCCAUCUCGCCAUAUCUCUGUGCUAACCUACGCCAGAGCAGUUUCUGAUUGGAAAGUCCACCACCUCUUCUGUAAACUAGACAAAACAACAUCACCAUUUUCAGAUCAUAUCCAGUAUCAAGUACUUUGUAAAUAAUAUUUACUGCAAUAUUCAUGUUAUAGAACAACAUUACAUUCAAGUGAUAAAGUCAGUAAAGUCACAAAGCCCAAGUAACCACGCUGUUGUUACAUACAUCUAUGUAAACCUGCAUUGUGAGGUCAAAAAUCCAAAAUCUUAUUUCCAUUGAGACACAAGCCUUCAGGAGUUUUUGUACAUUAGCCUCAUUGUUACAGCUUAUACUUGGACGUUUGAUCAUUGACACCAGCUUUCUUAUGUUCACAGCGUAAUGUUGAAAUUCACAAAUGUUGACAGACGUCAGAUUUUGGGACGAUCUGUCGUGUUUACCAGCUGCACUGUCAAAUGUCCUUUUACUGGUGUUAACUGGGGUCAGCGACUCCUGUUAGGCGGUGCCGUUGGUCAUUUAGGAAGGAUAUUUAGUCAGGUUGUGUAAUGGCAGGAAUCUGUUGAAACAAUAUGGCUAAAGAGAGAUUACAGUGCUGAAGGAUCUCGCUGUUGAGGGUUUAAACCUGACACAAAAUGAAGCACUGCCACAAACCUUUGCAUGUAAACUGUUAACUAAAAGUCACUAGUGUUUUUAAGAGUUCAUACAGUAUCAAAAAACAUGUAAUCGUAAUAUUCAAGUGUACAGAUCAUUUCUUACAGCCCUAAUAUUUAGACUUCUCCCACCACCACAUGAAGUACCAUUGCAGUUACAUUGUUGUACACUUUUAUACUUCUGAUUAGGUCGUUAUUUGUUUGGCAGUUAUGGAGAUCUGUUACCUCAUGCUGUUUUGAAAACCUGUACCACGGACAUCAGUACAACUCGCCUGUAAAGCUGCAGCUAUAACUGUCAUGAAGUUCAGAGUUUAUGGUGUUUUUUCAUUUGGUUUUUAUUUAUUUUUUACUUCAUUUGUAUGGAUUUAUUUUUGCAAAAGGAAAUAUGUAUACAAGUCUUGACAGCCAAUAAAACUGCCCGUUCACAUGGGCUGUGGUGCUAUCACA